UUUUAAUCAAUGACAUCCACGCUGGUUUCUUCGCGGGAGGCGUAACUUGUAGUAGGAGUGUCUCAGGGCGUGGUUUGUAGUGCAGCGGGACGCAGACAGACCCGUCUUUGUCGCUCACAGUUCCAGAGAGGCGAGCUGUGAUUCGAGGAGCUUGGACUAAAAUACACGUGCAUAUCUGAGGAAACUCAUGAAUAUUCAUAUUUGCUCUGCCCAAUGAAAACAAAAAUCUCUCAGAAAUCUCAAAACUCCGGUGCAGGCUACGAUUAAAUACCAGAUUUCCGUGUCACGAUGAAGUCGGAGGGCAUCGCGGGCAUUGAGCAGUUCGCCAGCCCGGGGAAGGGCAGAGGACUGCGGGUGAGCAGAGCUUAUGCAGUCGGUGAACUGCUGUUCUCCUGUCCUGCGUAUUCAUACGUGCUGUCAGUCAAUGAGAGAGGACUCAUCUGUGAACAGUGCUUUACAAGGAAAAAGGGUCUUGCAAGAUGUGGAAAGUGCAAAAAAGCAUUCUACUGCAAUGUGAACUGUCAGAAGAAGAACUGGUCCAUGCACAAGCUGGAGUGUCAUGCCAUGUGCACGUUUGGAGAGAGCUGGUGCCCCUCGGAAACGGUGCGACUGGUGGCCAGAAUCAUCGCCAGGCUGAGAGACCAGAAAGAGAGAAGCCCAUCGGAAAAACUACUCGUAUUGAAGGAUAUGGAAGACCACAUGGAGGAUUUGGAUAAUGAGAAAAGAGAGAUGACUGAAGCACAUAUAGCUGGCCUUCAUCACUUCUACUCCAAGCACAUGGACUUCCCUGAUCAUCAGGCCCUGCUCACACUUUUCUCACAGGUUCACUGUAACGGCUUUACUGUGGAGGACGAGGAGCUCUCAAACUUGGGUUUAGCUAUUUUUCCAGACAUUGCCCUGAUGAACCACAGCUGCUGUCCCAAUGUCAUAAUCACAUACAGAGGUGUCAAUGCUGAAGUGCGGGCGGUGCAGGAGAUCAGUCCAGGGGAAGAGAUAUACAUCAGCUACAUAGACCUGCUGUACCCUACAGAGGACAGGAUCGAGAAACUCCGAGACAUCUACUACUUCAGCUGUGACUGCAAAGAGUGCACAACCAAAUCCAUGGAUAAGGUGAAGAUGAAGAUGCGGAAGCUGGGGGAUAAGAUCAGUCAAAAGGAUACCAGGGAUAUGGUGCGUUAUGCCCGGAAGACGAUGGAAGACUUCCGUGGGGCCAAACAUGAGAAAAGCCCGGCUGAGCUGUUGGAGAUGUGUGAGCUCAGCAUUGAUAAGAUGAGCACCGUGUUUGAUGACUCCAAUGUCUACAUCCUUCAUAUGAUGUACCAGGCCAUGGGCGUAUGUCUCUACAUGGAGAAUUACGAUGAAGCAGUUCGCUAUGGCGAAAAAGUCAUGAAGUCAUACACUGUCCUUUAUCCAGCACACUCUCUAAAUAUUGCAUCUAUGUAUAUGAAGAUGGGCAGACUCUACAUCGUUCUGGACAGGAAGUCCACAGGCAUCAGUUCCCUUCAAAAGGCUUUGGCCAUCAUGGAGGUUGUUCAUGGAAAGGACCACACAUAUGUAAAGGAGCUCAAACGGGAAAUACGUGGGGAAUAAUGUAAAUGGUGUGUACUGUUUAAGAUUGCUCUUGAAUUUCAUUUCGUUAGUAGGCAAAUGGAGAGACUUUCUUCAGUAAAACAUGUAGGAGGCUGAUGUUGUGUUUCAACAUGUAAUUGAAAAUCAAAGUGAGAGUGUGCAAAAAGGAAAACAAAAUAAGUAAUUCAUAACAUAAUUUAAGCAUCUAGGAAAUUAGAACAGUAACUGCUGAUAAACAGAAAAACAGAGCAAAGUAGUCACAGAACAAAGCAGAAGUCAAUGAAAUGCAGAAGAGGCACAAGAGGAAUUCCAGCAAAAGAAAAGAAAGUUCUUGAAUCGCUCUGCUUCAACUACGUAGAGUCUGGAAUACCAUGAAACAUCUUGAAAUCCACUUAACUAAUCAAAUUCGAGGACUGUAUAAAUUAUUUUUAUAAAUAGUCUAUUUGUAUAAAUGGUUUAUAGAGCAUUAUCACUUUUUAAAAUAAUAUUUUCAAUUGAUUUAAAAUAUAGAAUAUAAUGAACUAAAUCUGUUUUGGAUUGGUGGAUGUUCGGUUUACUAUUUGCCUAUUUUUGUUUGUGGAUAUAAGUAAUAAACAUUUAGUUUUAUGUUUUGUUCAGUGUUCUCAUGUAUAUAUAAAGAAAGUCACACUGCUAGGUAGCUGAAUUAAAAAUGUUGUCCAAGUUCAUAGUUAUAUAAAAUAACUGAGUUUUAAUAACACACGUGAUAAUUUUUAAACUGUGUAAAUUUAACUGGGUAUUU